AUGGCCACCAAACUCGCCAACCCCAGCGGCCCCAUGCUGAACCCACACACCUCCGGCCUCUACGCUGACAUGACAUUGGACGGGCCCGAGGUUGGCACACUCGUGGUCAUUGUGGAUCGAGCAAAAAACCUGCCCAACAAGAAGGCGAUGGGGAAGCAGAAUCCAUACUGCGCUGCAAGACUGGGCAAGGAGGCCAAGAAGACCGACACAGAUCUCAGAGGCGGUCAGACGCCGCGAUGGGACCAAGAACUUCGCUUCAUCGUACACGACUCCCCCGAUUACCAAAAGAUGAAGAUCUCCGUCUUCAGCGAGGACAAGAAGACCGACCUCAUCGGCGAGGCGUGGGUGGACUUGUCGGCAGUCAUUGUUCCGGGAGGCGGCAAGAACGAUCUCUGGCAGGCACUUCAAUUCAAGGGCAAAUACGCUGGCGAGAUUAGGAUCGAGCUCACCUACUACGACGAGCGACCGCGACCAACUGAGACGGCGAAUGCACAAGAGUCAGCACAAGCAUUAGGCAACGAUGCCCCGAGAGUCAAGCGAAGACCGUUGCCGAACAACCCCGCCGCACGACAUGUCACUCCCGAUACCAUUCCGGAGAAGGCGCUGCCUGGGCGAGCUAAGCACGGCCCCAGGGAAAUCAGAGCGCCUCCGAGGGCCAACUCCAUGCCGCCCGAUCUCGACUACCCACACCCCCAGCAGUGGUCCACAGCUCCUAUCGAACCUGCAUACUCCUACUCAACACCUCCAACCCAAGCUUACGCCCCGCCAGAGCAGUAUGCAGAGCCUGAAAGAUAUGCGGAUGGGCCAUACGGCCAAUAUCGACAGCCCGACUUCCUGCCUCAGCUGCCGCCUACGAGUCGACGCAGCCUACCAAUGCGUCCGCCCCCGGAUGCUAGUGCACCUGUCGCUCCACCCCAGCCUCAACAUCAAAGCCAUCUUGCCUUACAACACUCCCACUCGGCGCCAGUCGUCCCGAUGUUGCAUGAAGAACCUUCACAGUUCGAGCACGGCUAUCAGCUGCGAACGGAUUACCAGGACCCGAUCCCGGAUGUCGAUUAUCAGUACCAGCAGUUGCAAGAGCGACCUCGUACCAGUGGCCCCGCCCCUGGAUGGCACGGACAAUACCCACAGCACCUUCCAGAGCUGGCAGAUCAUUCAACAGCGAGGCCACCUCCACCACCAGCGCAUAGCAACAGCUCUCCCAUUGCGCCGCGAAGCAACUUUGUGCAUCAGUCGUCUCCAAUCGCCCCGCACGUUCACACUCCGCGACAUACUCGCAACAAUCUGAGCCUCCAAUCGUCUCCACAUCAGACUAUCGAACGGAACUACGUCACUCCUCCUCGACCCCCCAUGCAGAGCUCACCGCACGCACCUCCAUCCGCCGGAUACACUCCUUCACCCCAGCCCCGCGGUUACGACAACCCUUCCGCUGGCCAUUCUCCUGGCCAAACGCCGUCCCCUUUUGCGAGGCAGCACCAAGCAGCACGAAUACCGAUGACCCGGCACAGCAUCAGCGAUCCGUACGCUACGACCGCGCCGUCCCGCCCGCAUCCACUCUCCCAAGAACUGCCAAUCUCGCCUUAUCCGCAGCCGGGCGACCGCCAGGAAUACUUUGCGCCAUCAUCGCAAGCCAUCGAAGCCCCCUCAGGCUACCAGACAGAAUACCGAAAUCGCGAAGGACUGCCUCUGAUCAAGCCUCGGCCGGUAUCUCCAUCAGUUCCUCAACCACAAUCUCUACCAGCAUCUGCCUCGCGGUCACGAAGUGCCUACGACAUCCAGUUUCCUAUUCGCGCAUUCGAGUCGUCGAACAACAGCCCAUUGUCGACAUCGACACUCCCGCGCCUCGACCUUGCAUCGGCGCAGACGCCGAAUCGCCCUAGUGAAGUGCGAAAGUCUCUGUCGCCGGAACACCAAACUCCACAAAGCGCGGGAGCAGUGCCGUACUCGCCCGACAGCUUCAAUGUGCACAACCCCAACGCGCUAGCAUCCAGUGCGGCAAUGACGCCCAACGGUACCUCGCCACUCACCCCAUAUCAGAUUCGACCUGGUACUGAGGCCCUGCCCCGGACACCAACCGACGGACCAAUCCUCGGUUGGGACGGGAAGGAGAUCGAUCCGUCUGAUCACCUUCCUGUGGACUCGUGGGCUCCGGAGCCGGAGAAGAAGACGCCAGUCCGGACCUAUGGUGCUGGUCGUGAGCGUGAUUUCGGACCUCGCAGCAGCCCCAUCAGCAAUCCCAACAGCGGCAGCAAAAGCUUGUCCAAAGACACGGUAGUCAGUGUACGCAUGGGCACGCAGGUGUUGACUGCAGAGGAGACACCCACGACACCCCCGCAAUCGUCACCCACAUCUCUCCGCAACCGGCUUCAGAAGAAGAUCAACCCUUCGUCGAUUCUGAAGAGCAGUCCACCGGCGCAGCCGUUGCAGGAACGGCACAACUUCAACUCCGUCAGCGUGCCGAAUCCCUACGAUCAGCAACAACAGGAGUACAGCAGCAGCAGUUUCUCCGACCGGCCCGGGUCCAGUGGAGCUGGGAGACAGCAGGGGUAUUACGGCAGCUACGCGGCCAUGUCGCAGGAUGCGCUCUCGCGCGAGAUCUCCAACAUCGAUCUCGGCAGCGGCGGGAGGCAUGCGCGCAGCGGCAGUGUACCUGCCCCAACGGCUUUCGUUCCUGUGCGGAGCCACAAGGACCGCAAGACGUUUUAUUAG